GAGUGGUCCCGUACACGGAAGGACAACAGUACACCACCACCACCACUGCCGUAGCUGCCGCCACACGGUACUCAGUACUCACCACGACCCCCAAACCUACCAUCGCGCACGACCUAGCGCCAGGACCCCGCCCCCCGCCAUGAGUAAGGAUGAGGAACAGCCGGAACAAGACGAAGUGGACAGCCCCGAUAAAGGGCUCAACAAACGAGAGACGUGGGGGAGGGCCUUCGACUUCCUCCUAGCCUGUAUCGGCUUCUCUGUGGGGCUCGGGAAUGUCUGGAGAUUUCCCUAUCUCUGCUACAAGAACGGGGGAGGUGAGGCAUCGGCCUUGCCUCCUGCAUCAUCGUGUUCUUCCUGAACUGCUACUACAACGUGAUCCUGUCCUGGGCCUUCUACUACUUCUUCUCCUCCUUUACCUCGGAGCUGCCCUGGGAGAAGUGCGGCCAUUCCUGGAACACGGCCAACUGUUCGGAGAACUUCAAGGUUACAGCCAACGAGACGGGCGUCAACGAGACCACGCUCCUAGACCCUGUCACCGAGUUCUGGGAGAGGUGAUGUACGUGACAGCCACGUCCCCGUACAUAUUCAUGACCGUGCUCCUCAUCCGGAACGCCACGCUGGACGGCGCAUACGAGGGUGUCAAGUUCUACCUCCAGCCCAACAUAACCAAACUCACGGAGAUAUCGGU